AUGUGCGGGGCCACGCCCCCUUCGGUUCUCAGAGGCGAAGAAACCGCUUGUUGCGUGGCCUCUCGCUUCUGGCUUGGAGGCGACGUCGCCAAGGCAGAUCCAAAUGAAGAUACAGAAUGGAAUGAAAUCUUACGAGAUUUUGGCAUUCUUCCUCCAAAAGAAGAACCGAAAGAUGAAAUUGAAGAAAUGGUUUUACGCUUACAGAAGGAAGCAAUGGUUAAGCCAUAUGAAAAGAUGAAUCUUGCACAAUUAGAAGAAGCUGAAGAUGAAUUUGAUGAUGAAGAUAUGAAAGCUAUUGAAACAUAUAGAGAAAAGCGAUUACAGGAGUGGAAGUCUCUUAAGAAAAAACAGAAAUUUGGGGAAUUGAGAGAAAUUUCUGGAAAUCAGUAUGUUAACGAAGUCACAAAUGCAGAAAAAGAUGUGUGGGUUAUAAUUCAUCUCUACAGAUCAAGCAUUCCAAUGUGUGUGCUGGUUAACCAACAUCUCAGUCUUCUAGCAACAAAGUUUCCAGAAACCAAAUUUGUUAAAGCAGUUGUGAAUAGCUGUAUUCAACACUACCAUGAUAAUUUUUUACCAACAAUUUUCAUUUAUAGAAAUGGCCAAAUAGAAAACAAAUUUAUUGGAAUUAUAGAAUGUGGAGGGAUAAAUGUUAAGCUGGAAGAACUUGAAUGGAAGCUAGCAGAAGCUGGAGCAAUACAGACGGAUUUGGAAGAAAACCCCAAAAAAGAUAUAGUAGAUGUGAUGGUAUCUUCAAUUAGAAACACUUCUAUUUAUGAUGACACUAACAGUUCAAACAGUGAUGAUACUGUACAAUAG